GGGGGGGGGGGGUACGCUACUCUGAACCUUUCGUCCCAACAAAGCCACCAUGAAGUCUGCAGCUUCAUCCGCGCUUUAGUACUUCAGCGUUUAAAAUGCCGUUUUCAAUCUUCAGGAUAGGGUUAUUUAUUUAUGUUACUUUUCUUGACUGGCAUGAUAUGUAGCAUUUAAAAUAGAAGUCGCCAGGUUACCAAAAGACCUAGCUGCUACAAUGAAGUCCGCAUAGCUAACUCUGUACAAACAGAGCAUGCGUGUCUUCAAGUGCUGUCUGAAAUUAGAUUUGUUUUUCCUUUAAUCCAGAAACACGUGCUCAAUUCCGACCAUGCCGUUAACAAACAAAAACAAACAGUAAGCUAACAGUUAGAUAGCCUAGCUAACAAGCCUAUGGUGCAGACCCAGGCUUACACUACAUGAUAUUUAUGACUGCAUUAUAACUUAAUGAUGUCAAAGUAAUUCAUGGGUUUUACGACGAACAUAAAGUGACCCGGGCAAUUGUCUUCGGACUCUUAUCUGGACUCUGCUGUCCUGAACGUGGGGACUAGUGGAAACUCUGCCAGUAAGUAGCCCACUAUUGUGUAAACGUUUUGUUACAGGAUCUUAGUUUUUAGUUUAAUCUGUUUGUUGCGCGGUGCCCCCUGUCGAAUUUAACAAGACUAUUUUCUCCCACAAAUUCGUGUCGCCCCCUCUUGCCUACUCCUGUUAUUGGCAAAAGUAGGCUAGGGAGCACAAAUUUGUGUUCUUUUGUUACCCGUCUUUGUCAAUCAUUGAGCCUGCCUCAGUUGAGCAAACAGACUAAAUCUGAUCUGAAAGAAUCAAUAGAGCAACGGGUCAGCUGUAAACGGUCUGUCUUUGCUCUGCCUCUGCUUUGUCGUGUGUUUGUGUGUGAGUGUUUUCAACCCUGGUGACUAGGAGUGAUACUAUAUCAGGUAAUAUCACCUUUCGCCUACCCUUGUCUGACCUAGGUUUGUGUGUGGCCCACCUCUAGCUCUACCUCCAACAGCACUCAAAUCUGGACCUGGCUCAGUCCGGCUCUACACUUACUUGGUCGAAAACAAAAUCAAAACAUGGAAACCUCUGGACAUCUUUCCUCGGUGAUGUUAAUUACCUGUCUAUGGCUUCAUCACUCCACGGGCUUCUGGCUCGUGAAUGUUGUAUUUCCUCCAGUUGCCAAACCAAGGGAACAGAGCAACAACACUUCUCCACUCGUUAUCGGUAAGUGUAGAGUGCCAUAGUUUAUUCUGAUUCUCUGUAGAGACUAUCCUGCUGAAUCAAAGACCAGAUUAAGUCUUAUGUACCUGAGAGCUCCAUGCAACAUGUGUCCUCUCAUUUGGUCUGGUCCUGUAAUUUACAGUAUUAUUUGAUUUAGAGGCCCUGUGUUAGAUUUUAAUUAUUAUAUUAUUGAUGUAUAUUAUAUCAUAACUAGAUCUGAUGUUUUGCAAAUCAAUAUUAAACUGAAAAUAGUGGCACACCAACAAUACUGAAACAGGAAUAUAUUACUGUUUAAUGAAAAACACAUAGCCACGUGGCCCACCUUUGCACCAUUAGCAAACAAAGAUCUGAUGUUUUUCACAGCAGUCCAACUUUUUUUGGUUUCAGGGCUGCACAGAUUGUAUGAGUGAAGAGUUAACAAGAGCUCAACAGCUGUCUCAUGUCAGUCUCUCAAACUGUAUGUCUGUGUAUUGAUGUCUAGGCUAUCAGUGAGGUCGAACAUUGCACUCUGUACAUUUGAUCUGUGAUUGAAGUGUUUGUGCCCUGCUCAAUAAGGUCAUACAAUGGCAUUUUAGGAACGGAUGGUCGGAAAUAAUUAUCUGCCAUAUUUUUUUGAUAACAUUUUUUUUUCUUGUGAUGUGCCAUCACAUCUCUACUCGGAGAUGCAAUGGUGAGUAAAGUCAAUGCUUGUGAGUGCACACUAAACCAAGUAGAGUUUUCCAUCAAUAGUACAAUCAAAUACCAGAAGAGCUACAGAGCGUUUUUCUUUGAACCUUCGGGGUAGUUUUCAUCUACUUUGAUACGAUAAUGCUUAAGCCCACAACUGAUAUAAGUAAGGUUUAACUUAAGUAGAUUUAUCCAGCCAGACAGGAAAAAUCAACCAGAUCAAAUUGAGUUGCAUGAGAAAUUGAUUGUUUUUUGUUGCCAUAGAAGUUUGUUGAUUCAGAGUUGUCUGGAUUUACAAGGUGAAAAUUGGUCAGAGUCCAGCCAGCCAGGGUUAAAUUAUUCUGAGCUUGAGAAUAUGUUUUUAAAAGUAUGUCAGGAUUUUACACAUCCAUAGCCAUCCAUAGUGAGUUCUUAUUAUGAUCUUUUGGGUGUUGGGCAGUUUUCAUCUCAGUUUAAUCUUUAAGAUUCAUGGUGGGAAGCUUUAAAACUCUCACACUGUGAAUCAUUGACCACAGCUUUAUUUAACCUCCCAGUACUCAUCUUGUACUAAUGUGUAGGUGUGUUGUUUUUGUCUAGUGCCGGGAAACCUUGGGAACCGCCUGGAAGCUAUUAUAGACAAGCCAACAUUGGUCCACUGGAUGUGUUACAGGAAAACUGAUGAUUGGUUUCCCCUGUGGUUUGACCUCAACUUGUUCAUGCCUAUAGGUGUAGACUGCUGGAUUGAUAACAUGAGGUAUCAUCAAGUUGCUAUAUCGUCCAUAUUCUAUUUGUAUUGCCUUCUACCUUUGAAAGACCUAACAACAUUUACACUUUGUCAUGUUUUUCUUAAUGCAGUUGAUAACAGAUUUAAAUAUUAACUGAUCUUUGUUCAAAUGUUAAAUUGCAAAAUCAUUUUGUAAUGUCUGGCCUGUGUCAUUAAUGAAGUAUCCUGAUAAAAUCUUUUUCAUUGGUGAUCACUCGCAGAAUUCAGUAGUGUUAUAUGUUAUUCUGUUUGCUUAUAUUUUUCAUCAAAGCAGUCAGCAGUGUUGAAAUUUGGUGAUCACAGAUGUCUAACGUGAAUUUGAAUGUGUGCUUAAGGCUUGUUUACGACAGGACAACUCGAAAAUCAUCAAAUUCUCCCGGGGUACAGGUUCGGGUGCCAGGAUUUGGGAAGACAUAUGCCAUUGAGUUUCUAGACACAAACAAACUAGCUGGUAAGAGGGAAAAACUCCUGUUCAAUUUCGAGCAUGUUGAUUUUGGGCUCUCUAACCAUAUUCUUUGUUGAAUCAUCAAGUUGUAAAAGUAAUUAUGAAACCAGUGAUACAUAGGAUGAUGUCAAAAGUGAUGUUUAGGACUUGGCCUAAUUUCUCAUGAUUUUGCUACUCAGGGGCUUGCUACAAGGUUAUGUUACAGGUUAACACUGAAGUCCACUCUCACUUUUGCAGGUUAUCUUUUCACUAUGGUGGAACAUUUAGUCCAGGUAGGCUAUACCCGAAAUGAGACAAUAAGAGGAGCACCCUACGACUGGAGAUUAGCUCCAAGUAAGUGACAAAGCUACACAUGCACCCUCACAAACACUUUUCCUGGUGACUGGUGUGUUUCAAGAACUUCGUCAUGGUUAUGUUAUCAUAUCAGUACAGAUACAGGCUCUAAUACACUUACUUGAACAGAAUACAUAUUUGAUAUCUGUAUGAUAAAAAAAAACUCAACUCAACUCAACUUUAUUUGUUAAGCACUUUAAAUUAACCACAGCUGAACAAAGUGCUGUACAUAACUAGACAAAACAACGACAUAAAAAACAGUUAAAACAAUGGAUAAAAUAAAAGCAGAAUUAAAAAGUAAAAUAUAGUUUCAAUGUUUUUAAAAACUAAUUUAAAAACAUAGAAACAAAUAGCUGAAAACAAACCAUAAAACACUAAAACAGGAGCCGAGUCUCAUGCAGGGUUAAAAGCCAAUGAAUAAAAGUGGGUAUUAAGACGACUUUUAAAAAUGGACAGUGUGGGGGCUUGUCUAAUUUGGAGGGGUAGCUUAUUCCAUAAUUUUGGGGCUGCAACAGAAAAAGAUCUAUCCCCUCUGAGCUUCAGUUUGGACCUCGGUACCUCCAGGAGCAGCUGAUCAGCUGACCUGAGGCACCGAGCAGGGGUGUAGGGUUGGAGAAGCUCAGAGAGGUAAGAUGGAGCCAGACCAUUUAAAGAUUUAAAAACAAAUAAAAUAAUCUUAAAAUGAACUCUAAAAUGCACGGGUAACCAGUGGAGGGAGGCCAGGAUGGGAGUAAUGUGCUCCCUCUGACGUACUCCAGUUAAGAAAAAAAACAAAUAAACCUGAUUGUAUCAUUGUUUAAAACUAUGUCCUGCAAAAUCAUGUAUGGAACCAAUAUAGCUACCACUAAAACAUGAACACACAGUUGCAAUAAGACUUUUCCUUUGGCAGUCAACCAUAACUGAAAAAGGACACAAGUAAAUAAACUAAGGAAUAAAAGGCUACUCCACGUUUAAAUAACCAUCUUUUUCACCAGGGUAAACCUGGUGCUGGUUGUGGGUUUUUGAGUUUGUUUAAAUGGGGACCCUUUAAAGGGAUAUUCUGGCAUAAAUUUAAUUUCGAGUCAAACACACUGUAACACCGAGUUAGACACCUGCUCAAGAAAUAAAUGUUGCAGAGUGCAGCAGAGUUUUGCAGCUCAAGGAAGAACAUUUAUGAUUAUUACUUCAUGAAAAUACAAUCAGAGUUCUUGUGUAUCUUGUAUUAGCACUACAGAUGCGGUAGUUCUUCUGCCUUAGCGUUUCAGUCUGAUUGCAUUUUCAUGAAGUAAUAAUCAUAAAUUUUCCGCUGCACUCGGUGAUCAACUUUUCAGGGCUCCCCCAUGAACAAGCAGCUGCUGAGUUGUGUUUGGUCUCUUUGCUAAAGAAACCAGGCAAAACUAAAAAGAUGUUUGAUGGCUAGAACUAUGGCUGGGACCCCAUAUGAACUGUUGAUGAAGUUAGGUGCUGUUCUGAGCAUUAUUAGUGGCUAUAGAGUGGCUUUUUGGUUCAGGUUUGCGUGUGAAGAUGUAGACCGUUGUGUAUUGCUGUUGUGCAGUUGUUACUAAAGUUGGUAUGACUAGAGAAGCAAGCAGUCGGCAACAUUCAUCUCUCAAGGGGAUGUCAAACUCGGUGUUAUGGUGUGUUUGACCAUAACUUAUAUUUACGCCGGAAUAUCCCUUUAAGAACCAAGACCAGGAUAUCAGGAUACACACCUCUUUAAAUGUUGCAUAUUAGCCACAUGGUCAACUUUAUAUGGUAGGCUGUUUUGGCCAUUGCAGAGUUUCUGUGACUAUGUAAAUUUUUUUUGCUUCGAACCCAACAUCUGUUCUCACAUUCCUUAUCUGACAGAUGAGAAUGCAGAUUAUUUUCCAAAGCUGCAGGAGCUUGUUGAAGAGAUGUUUGACCAGUAUGAGGAGCCUGUGUACCUGCUGGGACACAGUAUGGGCUGCCACUAUGUCCUCUACUUCCUCAACCACCAGCCCCAGGCCUGGAAGGACAAGUACAUCAGAGGCUUCAUUUCACUGGCAGCUCCAUGGGGAGGUGCUGUUAAAACACUUCGAGUCCUGGCAUCAGGUAAUAACGCAGCAGAAACUGCAUAAGAUAAAAUAUGCUAAAUGCAAUGGCACUGGAGCCUGCAGGUACAACAAAAAUGCUGAUGGUGUGUAUUUGUUUUAAGUUAUGUUUUUGUUAUCUUUGUUCAUAUUAAUGCUAAAAAUCAAAGAAGCUAUUGUUAAUUUUAUGGUGCACAUACCAAUUUUGAUUUAGUAUUACACAUUUGAUUCAUUAAACCAUGAAUGUCCUACAAAACGAAACACUUUCUUUUCACAUUUGUAUUUGUUCUAGUAAUCAAAACUGUCCGUCAUCCCUGUCUGCUGUUACUGCAGGUGCAAACGAUGGCAUUCCCAUGAUUUCAAACAUCAAGAUCAGGGAGGAGCAGAGGAUGGCAACAACCAGUCCUUGGAUGCUGCCAUCUGAGGACGUCUGGCCAAAGGACCACGUGUUUAUCUCCACACCCACCUUUAACUACACCAACCAGGAUUACCAACGCUUCUUUACUGACGUCAAUUAUGAAGAUGGCUGGUACCUAUCAGAUAUAGCAUUGCUUAUUGACAAGAGUUAUUACAUUUCUGUACUCUAGAUGUGCUAUAUUUGCAAAUCAGUGUAAUUGACUCUGAAUUCUUUUAUAGACUUUUCAAUGAACAGAAGAACUGUGAAUUUAUAGCACUGCAGUUCUAUGAUAUUUUGUACUUCCUGGAGGAAUAUGGAACUGGAUCAAUCACAUUAAUGGCAGCUUUAGAUACACAUAAGUUCAGUGAUCCUUUUAAAACCUCUGUGGCUUUUUUUUUUUUUAGAGCCUUCUUUUAUCCAUAUGUGAAAGAUGGCUGUGCAAGACUAAACAAGCUGCAUCAAGCAAACAUACCGAAAUCUGCACAUCUAAACAAAACAGUUCAAAUUACAAUGUUUGUACUACAUGGAAUUGGCAAAUACACAGUUCCAGUUCUGCUGCAUUGUGUUGCUCUAAAACUGAUCAUCUUGAGGCAAAAACUUUAAACGCUUCAGCUAGGAAGUUGCUUUGACUGAGGCUCCUCUUCAGUUUUGUUCAGCUGAGGGGAACCGCAGACUCGAAUGUCAGCUUUCUGAUAAUUUACUACUUAGAAGUAGUCAGCAGAGGACAAAGUGUUAAACUUUCUUGAAUCAAAGUAUAGAUCCUCCUCGUCAAAUAUUACACCAAUACAUGUCAAUCAGUUUUUAUUUAUAUAGUGCCAAAUCACAACAAUCAUGAUCCCAAGACACUUUUCAAAGGAGCAGGUCCAGACUAAACUCAUUGUUCGACAUAUUACAAAGACCCAAACUUGAAAUGGGACAAGAUUUAACCCAUCUGAAACCAACAUGACUGAAGCGCUUUUGAGCAGAGGUGAACGUUGCACAGUCAAAUUAUUAAUGAAUUAAAGUACUGCAGUACUUGCUUUUAAAGAUACUGAAGUACUCAAGAUGCUACUUAAAAUAAUCUUGAAACUAGUUUCACAGUGAAUGUGUGCAUUUAAGAAUACACAUUCUGCCACGUUGUGUUUAUAAAAAAAAACAUCAUGUAAACUUUUAUAAAGUUAUAGUCUAUUUCCAGAGAUAUUCAGCUUUAAAAAUUAGGAACAACUAGAAAAGCACUCGGAGAGCGCAGACCUCCACCAAGCAGCUCAUGUCCCCCCUUAUAUUGUGAUUCACACCAAAACUUUUACUGUUACGUGUCUUUUAUUAACUUUUAUUUGUGUUUAAACUGGUAUGUUCACUGUUCAUAAUGUUCCUAAAACAAGAAAUGCCCUGUCCCGGAUUCGAACCCAGGACCUUCUUGCGGUGAGGCGACAGUGCUAACCACUACACCACUGUGCCGCCCAUUGGUUAUCUUUCAGCAUUGAAAAUUCCAAUGACACCCUCAUUUUUGUGUGUUCUGGAUCACAGUAUCCAGAAUUUUGUCUGGAUCAGGAUCAACCUUUGACACCUCAUAAAACUCAUUGAGAUCCUUUUGUGUCAUUUUUUACUAAAGACUCUGGUCAUUUUUAUAGAGUUAAAUGCAAAAUUCCAAAAUUUGCCCUAUCUCACAAUGAUAAAGAAUCCUUCAAAAAAUUCCUGUAUCCAGAAGGAUCACACCGGAUCACCACCAAAAUUUAAUGCGAUCCUCCUGGAGCUGAGAUGCACCUCGGGUGAAAAUUUCAGGUCAAUCCGUCUGUAACUUUCUCUGUAAAGUUGGUCACAGACAAGCAAACAAACAAACCAACGCUACUGAAAACAUAACCUCCUUGACGGAGGUUAUAACAAAAACAACCAAAAAUACCAGAUGACUGGGAAAAUUUUCACCCAGGCUCUGCACAACGAGAAAAAAAUUAAACAUUUUUCAAAUCAAGUAAUAAGUUUACUUAAAGAAUGUUAAUCAAGCAAAGUAGAGACAGUGAAAAAUUGUCAUUAAGCAAAGUACUUACAUAAAUUUACUUUGUUACUGUCCACCUCUGCAAGUAGUCAUGGGAUUUUUUAAAAAUAUAGAAAUGUGGGGAUGAAGCUUUUGAAGAUUUUUCAGGUAGAACUGUUCCAAAUAUCCUUAUUCUUUUCUUUGCAUUACAGGUACAUGUGGGAGGAUACCAAGAAUCUCACCAGGGAUCUUAUCCCGCCGGGCGUGGAGGUGUGGUGCAUGUACGGCGUGGGAUUUCCAACUCCAGUGACAUAUAUUUACGAUGAGGAUUUUCCCAAUGUGGACCCUGUAGACUUUAUUUAUGCGGACGGUGAUAACACAGUGGACAGUUUCAGCAUGAGUCUUUGUAAACAGUGGGUGGGGCAGCAAGACAAGCCUGUACAUGUAACUGAGUACCAAGGGCUUGCUCAUCUGGAUAUGGUGUUUAAUGACAAGGUGCACAACGUAAUUCAGCAGAUCCUGGAAGGCAAUUCAAACGUACCAAGUCAUAUUGAUGUCAGACCUGGAACCAAUGAGUAGAUCAUUCUCGAUUAAACCUGAAAAAAAAAUGUAGAGAUGUUAGCAAGGGGAACAGCUCUAAACCCCCCCCCCCCCCCAACCCGUAAAUAUAAUUCCUGUCUCAAGGCAAAUAAACUGUUAAUGUGUAUAGCUUUUCCUAACUUUUUAUUAUUUUGUUGUAUUUCCUUAGAUUCAAUCAUGAUCACGAUGACAAUGAAUGGCUAAGAUUCUGACACAUAUCACACCCACACUAACGAAGACUCGACUGCUCCUUCUUUCAAAUUUUGUGGUAUAUAUCUCAAACAAAACAAUGAAACAAGGCCUUGUGCUGGAACUCUUUGACAAAUGCUCUACAGUGCCCCUUAAGUUUUCAGAUAACCCUUCCUAUAUAGAGGUUAUUUUCACCUGAAUAUACAGUAUUAGCUUUACUGCAAGUUUGGCACAAUGAAAUCCACAAAAAGUUGUGCACUGAAACCAAAAAUAAGAGAGGAAGUCUGAAUUUUUUUUAAACCUGUCCUCUUGGUGAGUUCAGGGGCUCCUGUUUGAACAAACUAGUCCUGGGGAUCCCAUUUAAUCAUCUCUAAAUACAUACAGUGUAUUGAAGACAGAUUAAAGAUGUACAAGCUAUUAAAAGUGUAAAUCUUCAUUAAGGGGUGUGGCCAUUGUGAGCUCUCAAAGAUAGGUGUUUCCCUGUGAAAGUGAGGGUAGUUUUUAUCUUUGUAAAGCAUGCAUGAAUCUGAGCAAAACACAUAGUGGUAUGUUACAGGUCCACGCCCUAAUGCAUUUACAUGGUAAUAUUUGACCAUAGUUAUACUGCCCCCUAGUGGCAGGAGAAAAUAUCACACUAAGGCAUGAUGAACGUCAAUGGUAUCAUAUGAUUUCAGCUCAGAAUAUCCUUAAAAUGUUUGUUUUUUAUUGUGUGCUGCAAACAGUGAUCUGCUGUCAAAGGUUCAGGAUCUUUUUCUUUAUCUUGUAACAUUCUAGCAGGCUGUAUGCUGCAAUGUAAAAUAGGUCCCCCUGUAGGUAAGAAUUUGUUGCCAAUCAUGUAUUUUAAAUUGAGAGUAUUGUGCGUUUUUUUCACACUCUGUUCUUUCGUUCUGAUAUCUAUUUAAUCACUUUAUCCCCUCCUUUCCUUUCCCUUCUUCAUCUGCCCUCUACCCUCUCUGUAAAAAAACAGGAAACAAGGAAGGUUUCACAUAAGAAAUACACAAACAAUUCAAGUAGGGAAUAUUUUUACAUUAUUUCAGAAUCACAACACAAAAGGACUGUAAUUGACCUUUCACUCAGAGUUCAGAACUACUGCCCCCCAUCCUUUCUCCUCCAUCGCUAUCCUCUUCACUCUCUCCUUUCCUGGAACAAAAGAAUGACUACAAUUCAACACCUCAGUUAUCAGUCAGACAAAGUCUAAAUUAACUUUUGCAUUUCAUCUGAUAAAAUCAUGAAACGCAUACCUUUCACAAAAAAAACCUCUGCACCUCAUUGUUUUCUGUUCUAUCACGCCUCUAUUCUUCUUCAAUAAAAGCUCCCUGUUUUUUUCUUAUCCUCCUCAUUUUAUACAACUCCAUAUUAAACUCAUGUAAUAACUCCUCUACCUCCACCUUUUAACACUUACCUGCAGGUUCAGCUGGUCUCUACUUCCUCCAGCUCUCUACCCACCUAUCUCUCUUUCUCCUCUCCAGGUAGCCUCACAAAUCUAUCUACCAGUCUAAUAGAGAACAGGAGGCAAAUUAAAAAGUACAAAGGCAGAAACCAGAGGAAGAAUUGUUAUUACUGCAUUAAUUGUGAUGAUAAAAAUCAUCAGAUCAAAGAGUUUGAUUCCAUUGCCCUCCUGCUCCUCUCAUUUCCUUUCCCAUCCUUCCCUCUUCUUGGUCUUCCUUUUCUCUCUCUGCAGGGAAAAUUGGAAACAUGGAAAGUUGAAGUAAAAAAUACAUACAUAAAGUGGAACUAUGAUAAAGUAAAUAAUUGUUGAUAUGUACUGUUUUCCUGUGAAAACUGAAAAAAAACUUGGCCUUCCCACCUCCUUUCCUCUGCAUUUCAUAUCCUUUCCUUAUCUCUCCUUCCUUUUCUUGUCUUUGUCAGUAAAAUUUAAUUAAAGAAAGUAUAUCUUCCAAAAAACAUACAUGAAGCGAACCGUAGAGGUAUACAUCGAUACUAAACUAUGAUAAGUAAACACUCAUUGAUAUGUACCUUCUACACUGACAAUUGAAAACCUUUUGGCCCUCACACCUCCUCUCCUUUACCUCAUACUCUCCUUUCCUCUCAUCUUUGCUUUGUCUUUCCCUGAAAAUAUUGAAGUUAAAAUCUUCAUAAAAUAACAUAAAUAAAGGCUGAGUGACUGAUGUGCAGUAUUUAAUCUGAUAAAACAUGAAACACUUACCUCUGACAUAAAAAGAAUACCAUUUACAAUAAUAUCCCCACAUCUGAGCUACUUUCUUCAUCCUCAAUCUCACACACAAAUCUCCCCCUUCACAGACACACACACUUCUUGCAAACUUUUAAUUACUACACACAGUAAAAUUAAUGCAACUUCACCCCAAACUUCUCUACAAAUCAACGGCAGUUUGUUCAACUUCAGUGAAAAAAAUUCUAGUUUUAUACUUUAAAAGAGUGAAAUCACUUACCUGCCAGUUCAAUUGGUUUCCUCUUUAAC